GUGUCAUCCUAGUAAAGAUGUCUCCAAUACUAGUCCUGAUCCUUUCUCUUCUCUGCAUAUCCAGAGCGGCAGUUAUCACGACGGAGAAACCAAAGGGAUGUAUGUACGACGGGAAAUUCUACGAAACUGGCAUAAUAAAAAAGACGGUAGAUGGUGACUGUGUGUCGGACAUUACUUGUCAUGAUAAUGGCUUUUUAACGCACGGCGAGUCUUUGGGUUGUCUGUUUAGAGAUCUUCCAUUACCUCCUCCACCAACAACAAAGGAACCGGAACUCCCUCCUCCGACUCCAUCACUCUGGAGGCAUCCGCCUAAUAUUCAGAAGAAAUAA